UGCACCACUGCUCCACUUUUACCGCCGAGCUGCGCGCACCUUUGCAGCAGCAAACCGCUCGCUGCGCCGCUUUAUAAACUUACCUCUGCAGGAAGAAAAGAACAGAGGAGCGUUCUGUCAGUGAGUCACAGUCUAGUUUGAAAGGCGGUGAUGAAUGACGGUGCUGGCUUCAGAACUGGACCUGGACCCGAACCCUGAGGAGACAGAGUGAUAGCGGAGAGAGGCAGAGAGAGAGAGAGAGAGAGAGAGCGAGAGCGUGCCUACUUUGUGGUUGCGGAGAGCCGCGUGACAGUUUGCAGAUGCCGACAGAUGUGCCCGAAGACAGGCUCAACAUCGAGGAGAAGGCGACCAAGUGUGACAGCAUGACUCUGUCCAGCACCCCGACGGUUCGCAGAGGAAGCACUCCUCUGCCGAUAAAGCACCAGCUCAGGCGGGAGGAAGCCGUCCACGACGACUGCGACUGGACCUCGGGCGCCGCCGGACCGUCUGCUACACCGAUCAGCUUCAGCCUGGCCUUGGAUGACACCCCGACUCUGGCCGUGGAGGGCAGACACGACGGGCCUCUGAGGAUCGCCCUGCUGGGGCAGAACGGCGUGGGGAAGUCUUCUCUGGCCGUCGCCCUCGGCGGGGACAUGGACAGGACUGCGUCUGUGGAUUGUGAAGGGGAGGGAUACGUGCGCACAGUCACCGUGGAUGAAGAGGACAGCACCAUCAUUAUCUUUGACAACUGGAGACAGGACCUGUCGGCUCUGCAGUGUGAGGUCGGCGUUCUGGUGUUCUCGGUGACCGACCGGCGGAGCUUCCACCGAACCGCUCAACUCCGACUCCUCCUGAGAGAGACUCAGCCCCAAACCCCCAUCAUCCUCGUCGGUAACAAGAGCGACCUCGUUCGCACACGUGAGGUCACCUCUCAAGAGGCCAUGUCCAGCGCCGCCCUCUUCAACUGCCUGUAUCUGGAGAUCUCGGCCUCCCUGGACCACCGUACCCCGGAGCUGCUGGAGUGCGCGGUGCGGCUAGCCAGGGGCCAAUCCCCGUGGCCCCCAGGGACCAGCGCGGAGGACAUGAGCGGCGACGGCGGCCAGCGUGAGAGCAUCACGUCCCGCGCCAAACGUUUCCUGUCCAGCCUGGUGCCCCGGUACCAGCGGGAGCGAGAGGCGGGCAAGUUCCUGAGGCAGAAAUCCCGCUCGUGCCACGACCUGGGGGCCCUGUGAUGGUGGGAGUUUAACGGUUAGAUUGUUAAGCUGGAGGUGGUGUAGUGUAGAGCGAUGGCAGGACAAUGGAGAAGUUGAUGUUUAUCCAUUAGAGGAAGAUAUAGAAAUUUUGUACACAAGACCGAGCAGCAAAGAUGAAAUACUGUUGUAGAACACAUGUAAAUAAACUAUAGUACUGACACAUAACAACCCUCAUAGCUAAAUAAAUUGCUUUUUUUUUGAGUCUUGAAAAAGUCUGUUUGUCUCCGGUUUCUGUUUUUACACCAUAAGUGUUUUUUAUUUUUGUAUUAUUGCGAUGACGAGGAGAGCGCUGAUCUCAUUUAACACUUCAGCUCGGGAUGAAGCCAUGACCGCACACAUGCAGGAGCUCAUCAGUGGGUUAAUAGACUUCUCCUGAUGAAUCAUGUUGUGUUCAUUUUACACCAUCCGGUAUCCAUGGGGACGCUGAGCCGUGCGUGGAAUAGUGAAAAGUGCGAACGAGGAGAGAAAUAAAUGAAAGGGAGAUCUAAAGUGGAUUUGCAGAGCGCAGCAAUAAGAGUCGGAGCAGAGAGACGACAGAUGAUUGUAUACGGAGUGAUUGUUGCCAUGUUACGGUUGUCACAGAGACCUGGAAUCAGGGAGAUGUACACACGAUGUCCACUUCAGCUCUUCAUGCUGCACACAGAGCUAGAGACGGGAAGACUGAUUCAAAUGCUGGGAAAUAGAUUUUAUACAUUUAUUCAGCUCCAAAUUCAAAUGCAGAGGAUAUCAGCUUCACUACACUCAUCUGGAUCAAUCUCUCUCUCUCUCUCUCUCUCUCUCCCUCUCUCUCUCCCAUCAGCACUUCCAU